GCGCCCGAGCGGGACGGCAGCGCCAGCCCCCGCAGGCUCCGGUCCGUCCGCUGGAAUCGCGCUCUUCCGCCCGCCUGCCAGCAUGAAAGCCUUCAGCCCCGUGCGGUCCGUCAGGAAAACCGGCCUCUCGGAGCACAACCUGGGUAUCUCCCGCAGCAAGACCCCCGUGGAUGACCCCAUGAGCCUGCUGUACAACAUGAACGACUGUUACUCUAAGCUGAAGGAGCUGGUCCCCAGCAUCCCGCAAAACAAGAAGGUGAGCAAGAUGGAAAUUCUGCAGCACGUCAUCGACUACAUCCUGGACCUGCAGAUCGCCUUGGACUCGCACCCCAGCAUCGUCAGCCUCCACCACCAGAGACCCGGGCAGAAUCCUUCCUCCAGAACUCCUCUGACCACCCUCAACACAGACAUCAGCAUUCUCUCGCUACAGGCGUCCGAGUUCCCCUCAGAGCUCAUGUCAGGCGACAGCAAAGCACUCUGUGGCUGAACCGAACGGUGUUCCACUGAUGAGUUGUGUUCUUUUUUUUUGUUGUUU